AUGUUAUCGAGAAAGUGUUGCUAUAUUUUAUUAAUAUGCUUAGUAUCAACAACAUUUUUUAUAUGUAUAUUUUGCAAAUACACUAGCAUCUUUGGAUCACAUUCAGAUUCAUCAACUAAGAUAUCUCUAAAAGAUACUGUAUUAGAUAAAUUUGAUACUGAUAUUGCAUUUGAAGCAUACAAAAAAAUACAUAAGGAAAUUAAAUUUACUAAAGAAGAAUUCGUGUUUAUGGCUAAAGCUUAUUAUUGUAUUUUUAAAAUACCGAAAAAUGUAUUAGAAAAAUAUUUAUUUGAUGCUUUUACCGUUUUUUUUGGAAGAAUAAUUUUUUUUCCCAAAUAUUUUAAAGACUUAAUGUGUGAUAUGGUUACUGGAGGUCAAAAGUUAUAUGAUUUUUUUUUUAUUCCUUAUACCGAAAAAGUAUACCCUAGUGCUGUUGAACUAAUUAUGGAUAAUUUUUUAGAGGUUGAGAAAAGUAGUAAGCCAGAACUUUUUAAAAUUGUACAAAAAACAAUCGAUAGUCUAGACACAAUCUUGAACAGCCUUUUAGAAGAUGAUUUAAAAAUUAAAUUGACCGAAAGAAAACUAGAAAGGGGAACACUAAUGCUAUCAUACAUCGAAAUAGCUUUUUUUAAUAUAAAACAUUAA